UGGUGUGUUAGCUGUCAUUUGUCACACUGGUGCCAAAACCUGGGGGACAGGUCAAAGAACGACGUCACAUGGACAUGGAGUCCAUUCCUCCAUCCAGAUUGUCCAGUCUCUAGCACAGAUGCAGGAGCGACAGCAUCAGGCUCUCGUGGGUCUGCAGCAGCAUCAGGAGAUCCUCUGCAAAAUCGUGGACAAGCAAGCCACAGAGCAAGCUGUCAUCCAGAGCCCGCUAACCUCCUCCUCUUCCUCUCCCAUGAGCUGCUUCUAAAGCUCCUUCUUCCUGGCCAGGAUGACACCAAAUGAUGAUGCCUAGGCGUACCUAGAGAUGUGCCAGGGUACCACCUCAGCAUGUAGAUGGUUGAGGAGAGGGAUUUGGCUGUGCAUUCAAGCCCUCCUGACAAGUGAAGCCCAGUUGGCCACCCAAAGGCCAGCUGGAUUAUACAGCUGUGCAGAGAGCCAUGUCUUUUGUGUUUUACGUUCUGUUUAUUAUUAAAGUUUACGUUUGAGUUCACUCGGUUCCCGCCUCCUCCUUGCCCAUUUUUGAAGUUUGUUACAGUAUCAAGGUGAUUCUCAGCAUGGUGUUCGGAGAACCAGCUUUACAUGCACAAUUUCUGCUGAGAAAUAAAUACGAACACUUCCUCACACUUCCUUUUUUUGGUUAGGAGAGGGAACAUAACCAGUGUAAGAACCCAAUCUAAAUGUUUUCAGUUCACUGUAAAGUGGCAUAUAGACAAAAUGACUUACCUCCUCCCACUUCUUUAAUUUAAAUUUGAAAGUUUGUCUAAUUGCAUGUGUUCAUCUGAUGUAUGACGAUCAAGAGUACAAGAGCUUCUUUUUUUUCAACAAUUAUUACAACAACUUUGGAGAGAAACAAAUGGAUUUCCAAGAAAACAAUAUGGAACAUGAGAAUAUGUUCUGGAAAGAUAAUCUGACUGACAUCAAAGAUGGACUGUGUCACAAGGAAGACGUGGCAAAAGUUGGAUCCAUCGUUGUCCCAUUAUUCUUCAGCAUCGUGGUCUUGCUCAGUCUCAUUGGUAACAUCUUGGUUCUUGUGAUUCUUGCGAUAUAUGAGAAUCUCAGAUUGUUGACUAACAUCUUCAUACUGAACUUGGCCGUGUCGGACCUGCUGUUCACUGUCGGACUGCCGUUCUGGGCUUGUUACUACAUCUGGGGUUGGACUCUUGGAGAUGCAGCUUGCAAAGCUGUCUGCUUCGUCUUCUACGCUGGUUUUUACAGCAGCAUCGUGUUCCUGAUGCUGAUGACCAUUCAGCGCUACAUGGCCGUGGUGUACCCUCUCUCGGACUGGGAAAAAGGACAGGGUUUUGCACUAAUCCCUAUCCUCGGCUGGGUGGUGAGCAUCGCAGUGGCAUUGCCAGCCCCACUCUACAGCUCUGCAAUGCCUGAUCCAGCAGAUGCUUCAGAACUCUACUGUGAGUAUAAUUCCUUUCAGGCAGACCUUGCGCUUACGUACGAACAGAACUCUUUUUUUGUUUGCGCCUUUUUGAUCAUGGGUUUUUGCUAUGUAAGAAUUCUGCAGACCAUCUUCAAGACACGACUGAACCAGAGACACCGUACUAUCAGACUCAUCUUCUGCAUCGUAGUCGUGUUCUAUAUUGGUUGGGCUCCUUAUAACCUGGUGAUAUUUUUACAAAUGUUAACCCAUCUUAAGGUCAAGUUUUUCAUAGACUGCGAUGUCACGCAUCAUCUUGACUAUGCUGAAUAUGUCAGUAAACUGCUGGCGUUUUCUCACUGCUGCCUUAAUCCCGUGCUUUAUGUUUUCGUUGGUGUGAAAUUCAGAAAUUAUCUAAAGGAGAUUCUGCAGAAGAUUUUUCAAAGGCCACUCAACACGAGUACACCACAAACACGAACUGCUAACGCUCAGUCCCUGGGCUCCUUGUACUGAUACUGCAACAACUGCAGAAGCAGUUAUUGAGCUGUCUGAUUCAGUGUAAAUAUGUUUGUAAAUGAUUUAUGCAUUUAUUUGUGCAAUUUAUUUGUGUACGUUUAGGCAUUUUUUAAAAAUGAUGGACAAACUUUAUUGGAUGAACAUUUUGAGUCCACUGACAAUGUUUCUUUGAAAUGCUAAUUGUGUCACAGUGUUCAAAUGUGCUUAGAAGUAUUUAUACACAGAAAUACAGCAAAAGCCAGUUAAAUUGCAACCUUCAAGAUUCUGAAGCUUGUGGCCAGAAAAGUGUGCAAAAGCACUGAUAAAGACCAUGCAGGGGCACUUUGAUAUCAGGGACACCCAUGGCAGCCAUUUGCAGGGUUGUGAUCAGAAGUGAUGAACAGCAUUUACUUUAAACGGUCCUUCAAAGCAUAUACUUUUCCCUAGGAAUCCCAGAUGCUUCACCUUUGGCCUACUUUACAUUAAAUUUCUGUCCGUGAUUUGAAUUUUUUAAAUGUGACGUGUAUAUAAUUCAGAUACAAAACUGAAAUUCUAAUACUUUUGUCAGCUUCCAAGUUUCAUAAUAGUGCAGCUGUUGUAUAUAUGCUAUAUAUAUGCUAGCUAACAGGGUUAGCUUGUCCAGCGUUAGCUUCCUUUUAAUUUCCAGUAAGGCCAUCACGGAUGUGAAAGGGUGGAACUGUGUGCAACCACAAAGCAAAGCCAUGAAAGCCGAGUUCUCAUUAACCGUGUGGGCUGUCAGGUGCUGCAGAGGCUUGAGCAGCUGUUUCAGCUUGAGCCAUUUUCAUAUUUAAUUUCUGGAUGGUGUGUGUGCAGGUGUGUGUGUAAUUUAGAAAAUAACUGUGUCACAGAUGCUGUAAAUUUGAGUGCUUUAUCUGAUCUGGUUCUGUGAACCUCUGUGAAAUGUCUGGAGGGUUCACUGGUCUUGCAUUUCUUGUCUUUUCAUAUUUUUCGGUUUGGUAAUAAAAAAAUGAAAAAAAAAAAAAAAAAUCACAAAUAAAGAAAUAAUACAGAUUAAGGUCAAGAGUUUGAGUUGUGUCAGGGGUAUGUCUUAGAUAUAAGAACAUCAUACACAUGCAGAGCCAGACCUUACAGGUAUGUGAUGUACUUUUACAUUUACAUAGUGUGUAUCUAAGAGACUGUGUUGUUAUUAGAAAAUCCACUUCCCAUUUGAUUAGCAACUAAAUGAGCUUGGAACAAAUGUGAAGCUGAAGCUAUUCCUCACCUUUUAUAACCAAGCAAAAGUUAUUUCUUUUUUUAUUGCAUCCCAUUUCAAUUACAAUCCCAUCUUUUUUUUUUUUUUUUUUACAGUUUAUUCAAAUUUUGAUGGUAAUAAAAAGUAAUAAAAUUUAUAUUACUCCAGCCCUAGACCACAAAUGGACACCGCAUUGGAUUAGAGACAGAUGUAGCACUGCAUCUGUUCCGUAUCCACACAGCAGAGUAGCCUAGUGAGUUUUUUUUGCAAAAUCCUGAAAAUCAUCUGUUCUGUGUAUCUGCACCACUUAGCAAACAGUUAGCAGAGAAUACUGGAGUAUCAGGCCCUGUUGUAGGCCCAAAAGUUAUUAACAGACAUAGAUCCUUUUCAGAAGUGAUUCAAACUCAAGCCUAUACUGGUCCUGCAUCCUACGUGAUUAUUCCCGAAAUUAAAUUGCUUAGAAUUUUCAUUUCAAAAUUUCAUUUUGAUUGUUUUCACAACAGCAUCUUUACAAGCAGUAAAUUUUAAACAAAAAAGCAUAAAACCACACGCUUACACAUUCAGGGCAACAUUUAGGAGCAAAUGGAGUUAGCUGAAUGGUAAUUAGCUGAGCCCUGUUUACCAUCACCUCCCCUUUCUGAUGA